AUGAUGGAUAGUCAAAAUAUUUCUAUUAAAGUUAUCAUUAAACCUGUCUUAAAAAUUCAAAAUUCAAAUGAUACAUUUUUAUUUGAAGCAGAAAUGGAUAAAAUUGUUGUUAUUAAUUCUAGUACUUUAAUAAAAAAUGUUCGUUCAGAGAUUAUGGAUAAAAUAGGACUACAUCAUUUAACAUCUAAUUCUCAAGUUUAUAUACAAUUUCCUGGUCCAAAAUAUUUUACUUUUGAGUCUUUCUUUCCAAAUCUGGAUGUUAAUAUUGGAGUAGUUAAAAAUUUAUUUGGAGAUGCUUUGACUGUUAGAAUUUCACCUAUUGGAGAUCCUAAAGAUUUUAGUGAGGUUGAAAUGAAAAAAACAAUUUGUUGUAAUCUACUUCAAUUACUUCUUAAAAAGUAUCCAUUUAUUAAAGAAUAUAUUGAAAAUCCUCUUAUUCAUGAAAUUAUUGAGAGUGUAAACCUCUCAUCAGAUAUAAAACUUUCAUAUCAAUCAAUUUUACAACUUAAUCAAAUGAUAGAGGAAGAAAUAAAAUCAUUUAAACCAAAUGAAAAUGAAUUAAAUUUAUUUCUUGCAAAUAAUAUCAUUGAUAUACAUAAUCUACCAACACCACCAUUAACAAUAAAUGAUAUGAUUUGUAAAGAGGAAAAUGAUACAUCAAAAUCUUCAGAAAUAUCAAAGGACAAUUCAUCGUCUGAUGAGAAGAAUGAUUCAUUAUUAAAAAAUUUUUUCCAAACUAUUCCUCAUCAAGAAAAUAUGAUAAAAAAUAUUUUUAACCCUCCAACGAAACAACACUACUAUUCUAGAUGUAGAGUGUCAUUUGAUCCAGUUAAAGAAACACCACUUCUUGAAAGAUGGUAUCAAACAACUAAAACACCAUCUUUUUUCCAACUACAACAAUAUGCAUCUCACCUUAAUGAGUUGUCGAGUCGUACUACAAAUGCUAAAAUAACAAGUCAUAAUAUAAAAAUAUGGUUUAAGAAUAGAAGAGCAAAAGACAACCGAGUUAGUAAAUUAUUAGAAGCAAAAAAAUAA